AUGCCGACAACGCCACGCCAAAUCCAGCCCCGACCUGGCAGGUUCACUUUGUCAGGUGCGCUGCGUGGCCAUGAAACAUUUGAGAGUGCGAAGGAUGACCUAUGGCGUCUCCUAUGCCAUCUUCGUCUUGGCCCGGACGGUUGCGACGCAGACAUCAUCCCGAACCACUUUCUCACCCGGGACAAGAUCCAGAAGAGCAUCCCAAAGUGGCAGAACCUCCUUCAGCACCAGCUUGCCUGCGCAGAUGCUGUUGACAAACUGCCAGCUAUGCGCGUUUCGCGCCAGCAAGCCUGGAUUGAGUCCUGUGAGAAAUUUCGAAGUGAACAUGCUCCAUCCUUGCCGCCUUCAAUCUCGGUGUCGACUGGACACAUAGUGGCAGUUCAGCACCAGAAAGCGUGGCAUGUGGCCCUUGUGAUGUCCACGUGGCGAUGCUACAAAAGAAGUACUGGAGCGCAACUUUGCCCUCGUGAGGUGAGCAAAGGUUCCCUUCACUCAGCCCGUGUUGCUUUGAUGCGCAAGGUUGAUGGUGACAAGGAAGGCCACUAUGCUUGUGAUGCCGACAGCAUCUUGAUCGUGGUUCCUAUGGAGCAAAUCGGAGUGCGGCUAGAUGGUGAAGAUGUGCCCAAAAAGACUGGGCUGGACGGGUUGCAGGUGAUCUUUCCAGAGGACUGCAGCUUUUUGCUCCGUCGUGCGCUGGCAGCCUUAGACGCUGAGCCGGCGGGGGGGCCGCAGCCGGCGAAGCGCCAACGCACGGCAAAGUACAUCGUCCCGAAAGUGGAGAACUUCAAGCGGACGAAAGCCGGGGCAAAGUUGAUCGUCCAAGAGAUGCAUAAGUUGGUUGAAGAACAGGCUCGCCUCUUUCCGGGGAAGGUCAUGAAGACCAUCGACAACAACCAUGUGCGAUUCACCCACGCAGGCAAAACAGAAUCCAUCGCCAUGCAGACGUUGCUUGAGAAGAGCCCGGGGUUCUUCAGUGCCUUCUUCGGUCAGAUUAGGCAGAAGCUGGCAUACGGCGCAAAAGUCCAGGAAUGGCUGUCGUCAGAUACUUUGCGGUCGUUUCAUGUAGUUUCACGCAGUUCCAUUUUUGGGGGUCCCAGGUUUUUACUUUGUUUUCCAUGUUUUUGUGAGGCUCCCCUUCAAGCAGGAAAUCAAUUUUGGGUCAGCUCAGCUUUCGGCCGGCCAAUUUGCAGACACGAUCCCAGGUGCAUCGCUCGAUGA